AUACAAUAGAAACCUAGCGAUGAAGUUUCUUACAACGCUAGCGUUGGCAGUAAUGCUGUCACCUAUGUCACAAGGUUUACGAUGCCGAGGCACAGGUAAAUGCGUGAGGCAGGGAUCAUGUGACGGUAUUGUUGACGCCAACUACACGUGCAGAAGGGCAGGGAAGGUGUGCUGCGUGCCGUCCAAAAACUCAACCACUGUAGCUUCGAAUUCCAUCUACGAAGGCUCUUGCGGCACGGUGGGGAACUCACGUAUUGUGGGAGGGGACACUGCUGACGCGCACGAAUGGCCUUGGCAGGUCUCUCUUCAUCUUAACAGUAGGGAGCAGCACGUGUGUGGAGGCAUACUGGUCAACGAGGAGUGGGUAGUGACAGCAGCGCACUGCGUCCACGGGUCUGGUAUGAACGCCCCCGGUGAUUGGACGUUAGUUCUAGGUGAGCACCACCUGGCGGAGGAAAGCAACAAUGAAAUACGUCGCAGUGUGGGAAAAAUAAUAGCUCAUCCCAACUACAAGAGCUACGGCACUUAUGCCAAUGACAUUGCUUUAAUGAAACUAGCGACCCCUAUCCAGAUGAGUCGCACCAUGCAGCCCGCUUGCGUGGCACGCCCUGGUCAGGUGUUCCUAGGCAACGGGGACUGUUGGAUCACUGGCUGGGGAGAUACAAAGAGUAAUGUCAGCAAUGAGGUCCUCCGGGAGUUCAACACCGUAAUUCGUACUUAUGCUGAGUGCAAGGAAGGCUGGGGAAGCUACGUGUUGGAAGACACACACAUUUGUAUAGGAGAUGGUUCCGCAGGUUCCUGUCAGAAACCUAGCGAUGAAGUUUCUUACAACGCUAGCGUUGGCAGUAAUGCUGUCACCUAUGUCACAAGGUCUGGAAUGAACGCCCCCGGUGAUUGGACGUUAGUUCUGGGUGAGCACCACCUGGCGGAGGAAAGCAACAAUGAAAUACGUCGCAGUGUGGGGAAAAUAAUAGCUCAUCCCAACUACAAGAGCUACGGCACUUAUGCCAAUGACAUUGCUUUAAUGAAACUAGCGACCCCUAUCGAGGUGAGUCGCACCAUGCAGCCCGCAUGCGUGGCAACCCCUGGACAGGUGUUCCUAGGCAACGGAGACUGUUGGAUCACUGGAUGGGGAGAUACAAAGAGCAAUGUCAGCAACGAAGUCCUCCGGGAGUUCAACACCAUAAUUCGUACGUACGCUGAGUGCAAGGAAGGCUGGGGAAGCUACGUGUUGGAGGACACACACAUUUGUAUAGGAGAUGGUUCCGCAGGUUCCUGUCAGGGAGACAGUGGCGGCCCCUUGGUGUGUAAGGUCCACGGCGUCUGGGUCCUGGCCGGCGUCACCUCGUGGGGGUACAGUGGCUGCCGAGAACUGGGGUUCCCUAAUGUCUACACACGCGUGUCCGAGUAUGCAAAUUGGCUCAGGGAUACCAUCAAUUCUAAUUAAACUAUUCAAUAGGGGGCGUGUCUGAGUAUGCAAAUUAGCUGAGGGAUACCAUCAAUUCCAAUUAAUCAACUCUAUAGGGGGCGUGUCUGAGUAUGAAAACUGGCUGAGGGAUACCAUCAAUUCCAAUUAAACAAUAUCUCAUAAUUCACUUUGAAUAUACUAGUAGAAGUCUCUGUUUACAUUGAGAAACCUUGAUGACUACCACAUAGUUGA